UGACUGCUUUCGCAUCGCCGGGAACAAUGAGUGCGGCACAAGCGGUGUGUAGCGUUGGCUUUAUUUGAUAGCCUCGUUGGUUCAGCAGCUUUACAGUCCGGGGGAACAUACCGCCCCCCCGGCUCUCGUGGUCAGCGCCCCCCUUCAUCCCCGAAUACGUGUGGCCCUCCUCCGCCAACGAAGACAGCGAGAGGAGGUUGUAGGGGGCCUCUGGUACAUGGGCAGCAUUCAGGACUGGUACGAGUACUCCACCAUCUUCCGUCUGUUGGACUAAGGUCACAUCUCCGUAUCCUAGAAGAGGAUCGGGGGCCUUGUCGCCUCCGAUCCCCUUCACCCAACCGCUACACUCACGGUAGUUCACGAAGUUGUCUGCACAUCGGAACAUGGAGCACGUGGCCGCUGUGUCGGCCACGUACACCGCCUGGCCUUGUUCCACAACCCCCACAAGACCUACUUCACCAACGGUACCACACUCGCCUGGGGGGACUGCCACGGCACAAAACGCCUGGUCUUCCACGGAGUCCACGUCGCUCUCAUGCUCCACCACUUGCGCUAGGACGGCCUCCUCCGUCGCGCACUUUUCUUUGGUGUGGCCCCACCCCUCGCAGCGCGCACACCACGGCACGAAGUCCUUCUCGUUGGUAGUGCAGCCGAUCGCUUGAUGUCCACGAUGUCCACACCUAAAGCACCGGCCCGGGAACUUAUAGUCCCCGCCACCGCCGCCAUCGGCGCCUCCACUGCUGCUUCCCUUGCUCUCCUCGACUCCUCUGGAUCCGCCUGAGCGGCCGCCGCGACCGCCGCCGCCGCCGCUGCCGCGACCGCCUUCGCCGCGGCCACGACCGCUACUGCAGCCACCGCCGCCGNCCACCGCCGCCAUCGGCGCCUCCACUGCUGCUUCCCUUGCUCUCCUCGACUCCUCCGGAUCCGCCUGAGCGACCGCCGCGGCCACGAAUGCUGCUGCGGCCACGGCCGCCGCCACGACCACGACCUUGCCCCUGACUCCUACUUGAGUUCCGCUCCCUGCGGCCCUCACCGUCGGCGAAGUACGCUUGCUCUGCGCCCUUCGCCCCUUUUCCUUUCCCCUGCUCCAGCUUGUCCUUGAUCGCCUUGUAUUCGAUCAUUACUUCCUUUAGCACACCGGUCCGCGUCAACUCCUUCGCGUGUCGCAGGUUGUGUUUUGUCAUGGCAUACUCGUCCGAAAGGGUAUCCAGGAAGAGGAGAAGGACGAACGUUUCGUUGACAGUUAGUCCUUUCUCGGUUAAGGACUUUGCGGUUUGGAGCAUCUCAUUUAGGGCGUUUUGGGGGUUUUCACCUCUAGAGAUCUUGGUCGACGUCAGGGACUUGAGGUCCUCUGACGGCUGUACAGAUGAUUCAGGGUCGUGUAUGGUCUUGAGCUCACGAAGAGCUCCCUGGGGCGUCUCUGCCCUCUUCAUGAUUUUCCGAUCUUUUUCUUUCAACGCGUGAGACAGGCAGCUCCACGCGUGGAAUGCGAGCUCUACUCGCUCGCUCUGGUACUGCUGUGACAGCGGAAAGUUGCUCUUUCCGCUGUUGACGGGGAUCUCCAAGCUCCCGCUCUCUUCAAAUUGUUCCAACAGGUUUGCGCCAUUAGCUGCCACGCGGAAAUCACUUAGCCAUUCGUUGAAAUCUUUCGAUUUCCCGCUGAACGGAGGAGAAUUGUACCGCACACUUUAGUACCCCGUCGCUGGGGUCGUGGCUCCGUAUCCAAAGCCAACAGCAGCACCACCAUCUCCCAUGGCACUACUAUAAUCUUGGUUGAGAGCAGCGGCU